UAUAAAUAUGCUUGUGCUUGUAUCAGAUAAUCAUUCUACAUCGAACAUUCUGUUACAACAGCAGUGCAACACUUAUUCCAAUCUAACAACAUGAAACCAGUGGCGAUGUUCGCGUGCCUGAUCGUACUGAUCUUUACUCUGCAGAACGCACAUUGUGCCUGUCCUUAUGCGCAUCCCUACCCGUACGACGUGUGUGGACCGAACGAAGAGUUCCAAACGUGUGGUACUGCUUGUCCUAAUACUUGUGCCGAUCUGAGCGAGCAACAGAAACCGUGCACCAAGCAAUGUGUUCAGGGAUGCUUCUGCAAGCCAGGGUUUGUACGAGAGUCUAAGGAAGGCAAAUGUAUUCCGCAAUGUGAGUGUCCCUGCCAUUAGAAUGACAGAGUUUGCUUUGGCGCUGCUGUAAGCUUCAACAAACAGCGUUAUUGUUUGAAUAAAAUUUGAGCAAUAAUAGCACCAGUUAACUAUCACCAUGGGCGGGAAAGAAGAGUUAAAACAAAAGCGUUUUCGUUGAAGAAGUAAGAGUCGGGAUAACCACUAAACUAGCGUGCCUAUGUAAACACUCGAUAGCGUUUCAGACGCGUCGUGUGAGCAGCAAUGCAUUAGCAAAGUAACUCACGCAUUCACAUUUCAUCAAACAAUAAUAAAACACUUCAGAAAUAUCACACCAACUAAACUGCUUGUUGAAUCUUUCGUAUUGACCAA